UUCAAUGCCGACAGUUCAAGCUUUACUUCGUGCCAAGUAAGCAAAGCGCGGCGUUUCGUCGAAACAACAAAGGCCAUUUUACAACUCGCCGGUGAAUUGCGUCACCUGUCGAAGUGGACCGCUUGCGUGACAAAGUGCUGCUGAAAUCGGCCGCGAAGGAAGCUUUAUGUCGCUGUCGCUGUCAUGCCGCUUAGAUCAGAAAUCUCGUCGAGGGACCCCCUCCAUGCUGUCACGUCGACGGACGAGCGACGUCGUACCGGCAGAUAUAUCGCCGGUGGAACAGCCCUUGCAGUUACAUUGCUCGGGCUGCAUCAUGUGCUCCAACGCGGCGCAUUCACCAUAGCCGGGGUGUGUAUACCCACCAUUAUAAUGGCUUCUUAUAUCAUCUGGGUCUUGUACUCCGCCCGCAGGGAUAGGCGAAAGGCGUUGAGGCUCGCCACGGUGACGCAGCUGACCGAGGUCAUCGGCGCACCCUCCAGGACCAACGAUGUCGUCGGACGCGAGAGCUCCACGAGCGAUCCCCGGAAAAGUCUGUCGGGUCUUAACAAAUCGCGAGGCACUCGCGAGAAUCCUGCCUUCGUUGACAAGGACGAGGAGUGACCGGUGCGCCGGGAUCUCUCGGGGAACUGAGCUUCCUCUGCGAAUCCCCACCUGAUGACUGCUCGGUAACAUUGGAUACCGUCAGACAAUGCCGUUUAGUCUCUCGAAGAAGGUAGCUUCAGCGAUCUCACGUAGUGGGUACGACGCGGUUUGCGACUAUGUCGUAUUCUACUUUUUUUGAUGGAACAUUCUGGUAAAGAAGGAUUCUUUCUCUCCUUUCUUCGCUGUUGUAUCGUGCGCUGCAAAUCCGAGUGUGUUAUUUUGACACGCGUGAGCGUGUAAUCGGUUGAAGCUUUCUUUACACGUUUCUUGUCGUCCUGAAUGAUUUAAUACAUUUAAACGUGUUAGGUGAAGCCCAAAAGAAUUAAAUGAUGUGAUUUAAAACGACAAGAAACGCAUAGAGAGAACUUCAGCCACUCACACGCUUAUGCACGUCCAAAUAACACCCUCGGAUUCCUGCAGUAUGAUUUGUAUAUUUAAACGAUGCGCUGGACAUCUCGAGAUUUUAUCGGAUCGAUGCGCGCAAUGUAUCAGCAAAGAAAGGCUCUUGAAACUCGAUGAAUUUAUCAUAGAGUUUUAAUGGAGUCUCUCGGUUUUACCGGCGAGUAAAUUAGAAAGUUACAAAGAGAAAUGGUGGUCUCUUCCGUUUUAGAAUUUUAUUAUCGUAAAAUACGCAUUUCAUAGCUGUCGAUGAAAUGCGAAAUUGAUGCAGCGAAGGACGAUGUAAGGUAAACGUACCGAAUUACGCCAUCUUAGCUUAUUUUAUGCGUGUAAUAAAGCACAGCUGAAUAAAAGCGUCUAAAAAUUGCCGGAAAGAAGUCGUGAUAGUCAAAUGGCUCCACUAAAGUAAAUAUACGAAAAUAUAAUGUGAUUUUCCGUGAAAACCAAUU